CAUUCCGCGUACACCGACCCACUUCCGGAACCCACGACCAACAUGGCGGCAUCUGGGGAACACGAGAGUCUUCCUGAAGAUCCCCAGCCCUCUGUGGAGGAGGAAACCAAAACGUUUAAAGACCUGGGUGUGACAGAUGUAUUGUGUGAAGCUUGUGACCAGUUGGGAUGGACAAAGCCCACCAAGAUCCAGAUUGAAGCUAUUCCCAUGGCCUUACAAGGUCGUGAUAUCAUUGGGCUGGCAGAAACUGGUUCUGGAAAAACAGGGGCCUUUGCCUUGCCCAUUCUGAAUGCGCUGCUGGAGACGCCCCAACGCUUGUUUGCCCUGGUUCUCACCCCCACCCGGGAGCUGGCCUUUCAGAUCUCAGAGCAGUUUGAAGCCCUGGGGUCCUCGAUUGGAGUGCAGUGUACUGUGAUUGUAGGUGGAAUUGAUUCAAUGUCCCAGUCUUUGGCCUUGGCAAAAAAACCACACGUAGUGAUAGCAACUCCUGGCCGAUUGAUUGACCACUUGGAAAAUACAAAAGGUUUCAAUUUAAGAGCUCUCAAAUACUUGGUUAUGGAUGAAGCAGACCGGAUACUGAACAUGGAUUUUGAGACAGAGGUGGACAAGAUCUUGAAAGUUAUCCCCCGAGACCGGAAGACAUUUCUCUUCUCUGCUACCAUGACCAAGAAGGUGCAAAAACUUCAGCGAGCAGCUCUGAAGAACCCUGUGAAAUGUGCUGUUUCUUCCAAAUACCAGACUGUGGAGAAAUUACAACAAUAUUAUCUUUUUAUUCCCUCUAAAUUCAAGGAUACUUACCUGGUUUAUAUUCUGAAUGAAUUGGCUGGAAACUCCUUUAUGAUAUUCUGUAGCACCUGUAACAACACUCAGAGAACAGCCCUGCUUCUCCGAAAUCUCGGGUUCACGGCCAUCCCCCUCCACGGGCAGAUGAGUCAGAGCAAGCGCCUAGGAUCCCUUAAUAAAUUCAAGGCCAAGGCUCGUUCCAUCCUUCUGGCCACUGAUGUCGCAAGCAGAGGUUUGGACAUCCCGCAUGUGGAUGUCGUUGUCAACUUUGACAUUCCGACUCAUUCCAAGGAUUACAUUCACCGAGUAGGUCGAACGGCUAGAGCUGGGCGCUCCGGGAAGGCUAUUACUUUUGUCACACAGUACGAUGUGGAGCUCUUCCAGCGCAUAGAGCACUUAAUUGGGAAGAAACUGCCUGUCUUCCCAACGCAGGAUGACGAGGUGAUGCUGCUGGCGGAACGAGUGACGGAAGCCCAGAGGUUUGCCCGGAUGGAGUUAAGGGAACAUGGUGAAAAGAAGAAACGCCCGCGAGAGGAUGCCGGGGACAACGAUGACAUGGAGGGCGCCGUCGGGGUCCGGAACAAGGUGGCCGGAGGGAAGAUGAAGAAGCGGAAAGGCCGUUAGUCACUGUCACAAGGGCUCGUGUCCCGCUCAGUGUAAGCAGGGAUUGGAGAGGAGAGACGCCUCCACUGGAGCUCCUCGGGGCGGAAUCUGAGUCGUCCGGCAGCUGGAGCUGCUCAGCAGUGGGGCACACACCCCUCUGAGCGGGGUCAUCGCUGCCGGCUGGUGUUGACGUGCGGAUGGCAAGACUAGCGGUUCUUCGGCUUCAGCUCCCUGCGCUCACUUCACAGACCUUUUGCCUUUUUCAGCUGUAGGUCAAGGACUUGGGUGACGGACACACGGCCGGUCACUGUAACUCAAAGACGAUUGUAGUUAGGCCAGUUGAGCUUGUGCUUCAUGGGCCCCAUGUAAAAUAAUAAACUUAA